AUGCAGUACCCUGACCUUAUGAAGUCUGAUGAAGAUUGGAGAGGACUAAGAGACCCCUCGGAGCGAAGAAAGAUUCAAAAUCGCAUUGCGCAGCGCGCCUAUAGACGUAACAUACGCGAGAGUUCGAAUGAGAUCAAACAGUUAAAGGAACGGCUUAGAUCGUACGAGGAGUCACGCCUAAAUAUCGCGGAAGGAGAAGAUAGCACAUGUCAACAGAGCAGCAGCAGCCCGCCAAUACUGCCGCCUACCAAGCGGGGCGUUGAAGGCUGGUGUCCUCCAAAGCAAGCUACUUUGCCAGUACCAGUAGCACCAAGCGAGGAACGGUAUAAGAUGCCAUUUCCAAACGACUCUCAGUUCAGCCACGUACAACCGCAAAUCUGCCCAGCAGCUCCAAUAGAUCGGCAACCGGUAAACAGCCCGAGACCAGCGACACAGCAGCGGAUGAAAGGCUGGACGCCGACCAACAGCCAAAUUACUAUUACCGAGCCCCUAGCGCCUACACCAAAUCUCCCAAUGGAAAGCAGACUCAGGUUCGAUGAUAUGCUACCACUGAGUUCAGCCAAUGUUUCUGCAACAAUGCACGAGACCUUUGCUUUUGACAUGGCUGAACCGGUCAAUAAAAGCCAACGGCCGACAUCGUUGUUGCAUAUGGCGGUUGCGGGGAAUCACAUAGAAACCAUCAAGGUGUUGCUGCAGGACGACAGAGUCAUGAUUGAUGAUGAAGACAGUGACGGCUUCACAGCCUUGCAGCGGGCCGUUAUGAGCGGCAAAUCGGAGAUUGUUAAGCUACUGCUUGAGCAUAGUGCUGAUACGGGCCCGUCAGAGGAGGUGAUCUACCUCUAG